UCUCGUGAAACAAUCAAAUCCACUGGGAUGUGAGUAAAUAUUGAUCUAAUCAGUUUGAAUAUCCCUUUGAUCCACCACAAUGGUAGCUAGACACUCAUCCAGAAAUCCAAGUCGAGGGAAGAAGCAGAAAGAAAAGAAAGUGAAGCCGACACCUGUUCCUAAGCCUGAAAGUAGCAGCGACGAGGAAUCAUUCGGAGAUGAAAUGGAGCACCGCAAGGACAGCAAAGGGAGCGAUUCGGAUCGUAAUUCUGUGAGCGGGGAUGAUAGAAAUGAAGAAGAAAACGUCUUAGUCGGGGAAGAUGAAAUGGCGUCCAAUCCGUUUUUCACCGAUGAGAAUGCCAAUUGGCUCAAACCAAAAGGUGGAAAGAAUAAGUUGCUAUCGUCCGACGAAGAAGAGUCAGAGAACGAAGGCGAUGAUGACGAUGACCUUUUGGAAGUUGAAAAGGAAGCUCAGCUUGUAGACGAAGAAAUGGAGGCGGAGCGUUUAGAGGCAGACGAGGAAAUGCGUCGGACAGUUCGCCUCCACACGUCAGUGUACCAUUUGCCAACGACGGAGGAGCUACAACGAGAUGUAGACCGAGUGGUCCCUCCAUCUGAGAUUCGCUCACACAUUGAAUCAAUAUUGGAAGUCUUGGCUGAUUUCAAAACCCGCCGGGAGCCUGGCCGUGCCCGUAAGGAAUACAUCGAUCAAUUGGGUUUAUUUUUAGCUGAAAUACAGGGGUAUCUUCCUGAGUUGAUCGAAUAUUUCCUGACCAUGUUUGGACCUGCUGAAACAGUGGAGUUUGUCAACGCAUCGGACAAAACAAGACCACUGGUUAUCCGGGCCAAUACGCUCAAGACGAGAAGAAAGGAUCUUGCGGCGGCUUUGAUGAAGCGCGGGGUAACAUUGGACCCUCUCGCAAAUUGGUCCAAGGUUGGACUAAAGAUUAUGGAAAGUCCAGUCCCUAUUGGCGCGACACCCGAAUACUUAAGUGGGAUGUACAUGCUACAAAGUGCGGCAUCCAUGUGUCCAGUGCUUGCGUUAGCUCCGGAACCCAAGGAGCGGGUUCUAGACAUGUCGGCAGCCCCCGGCGGCAAGACAUCAUACAUCGCUCAGCUCAUGCGCAAUACGGGCACGAUUGUGGCCAACGACCUUAAACCGGAACGUCAAAAAGCGACAGUUGCCAACAUGCAUCGUCUCGGUGUUAAGAACGUGAUUGCAUGUGCCCAUGAUGGUCGUAAAAUGGGCGUAAUGUUUAAGAAUCGCUUUGAUCGGAUAUUGUUGGAUGCGCCAUGUUCUGGACUGGGCGUGAUUAGUCGCGAUCCUAGUGUCAAGGUCCAGCGCACGAUUGCGGAUGUCAACCAGUGUGCGCAUUUGCAGAAAGAAUUGCUUUUGGCAGCAAUUGACGCACUCAAGAGCAAAGGCACGUCCGGGGGCUUCAUGGUAUACUCCACUUGCAGUGUCGCAGUAGCCGAGAAUGAAGAAGUGGUGAAUUAUGCGUUAUCCAAGCGAGACAUCAAAAUUGUGGACACGGGUCUUGAUUUUGGUAAACCUGGCUUUACCCGGUACAUGCAGAAACGAUUUCACUCGUCCGUGGCCUUGACACGUCGAUUCUACCCGCACGUACACAACAUGGACGGCUUUUUCGUCUGCAAGAUCCAAAAAUUGAGCGACAGCAGACCU